AUGAUUAUUUGUUUUAUUGGUUUUGCACAUGCACAUUUUUUAUUACUGCAAAAUCCCAAUUUGAAUCAUUUGGCACCGGACGUUGAUGGUUACACAUUAAUGAAUUCGACAACAAACGAACCAUUGGGUGUUAAUGUAGUAUCAGACUUUAAUGCAACAUCAAAUAAUGAUAAUCCCUUUUCAAAUAUUUUGACAUCCAUUCAAGCAGCGUAUUUUUGGGUGAAUGGUGAAUGGAGUCAAAGAGGUAUUUGGGAUUUUUGGGCGGUCGAUUUCAUGUCAGUAUUAGCAAGUCUUGUAUUGGUUACUGUAUUGCAAAAUAUGUUAAUUGCAUUUAUGGGUGGUGUUUAUGAGGAAGCUGCAAAGAAAGGAAGGGACGCAUUAUUAAGAUAUAGAGCGGAUCUUAUUUCUGAUUAUGAAGCGUUAGAAGAUAUUAGAUUUUGGCCACCCGAAACGGAUCCAACUUAUAUCUUUUAUGUAGGACAUUCAAAGAGUUUUGAUGAAUGGUCUGAAGGGAGGAAAGAAUUUAGAGGAUGUAUUUACGAAAGAUAUGAAACCAAAGCAUCAUAUAAAAAGUAUGAUUUUAAAGAUGAUAUUUAUGAUGAAACUUCUUUGAUGAAAUAUGAAGCAGACAAAGUCACACAAAAAGACACUAAUAAUGAAAGUAACUCUUCUACAUCAUCACAAGUGGAUGAACUAUAUAAGGAAUUUAAACAAAGUAUCAAUAAUGUUAAUGAAAGGUUAGAUUUAAUGGAUAGGAAAAUUGAUACCAAAAUGGCAGAAUUAGAAAAUAAUAUUCAAAAUUUUAUUAGACAAAUUUUAGAAAAUAGAUAA